AUGUGUUGGAGAGCUUCUAAGGGAAGAAAAACGUCUUAUUACUCAAGGAGCCAUGUUCAUGAAGCUGUUAUUUUUGAGCCUGCGGCGGUUGCAUAUGCUGCUCAAAGUAAAGGAAAAUGCCGUGAUAUGAGUCAGGUUCAAUGUUUCUCUUGCAAACAAUUUGGACAUAUUGCUCGUAACUGCAGCAAGAAGAUUUGUAAUUAUUGCAAUCAACAGGGACAUAUUAUCUCUGAGUGUCCCACGCGUCCUCCACGACCAACACAAUGUUCGGUGCAAGCAUUCCAUGCAACUACAAAUUAUGCAGUUGGUCCUUCCAAUGGUAGUGCGUCAAACAACUGUGUUAUACAACCUGGAUUGAUUCAAUAA